AUCGAAACCGAAAGAACCUAGACGGCGUCGUAUCAACGACUAUUUUUGAAGGUGAAGUGCAGAGCGGGGAAGAGAGAGAGAGAGAGAGUGAGAGAGAUCUAGGAACGGAAGAUGGAGAAGGGGAAGAUUGAAGAGGUCAUCGAGAAACAAGUCCUCACGGUGGCGCAGGCCGUCGAGGACAAAAUCGAUGAAGAGAUUGCCGCCCUCGAACGUCUCGACGAUGAUGAUCUUGAAGCACUCAGGGAACGCAGGCUACAACAAAUGAAAAAGAUGUCGGAGAAGCGCAGCCGUUGGAUCUCCCUCGGACACGGCGAAUACACCGAGAUUCCUUCCGAGAAAGACUUCUUCUCCGUCGUCAAAGCCAGCGAACGCGUCGUCUGUCAUUUCUUCCGCGAAAAUUGGCCCUGCAAGGUUGUGGACAAGCAUUUAAGUUUGAUGGCGAAGCAGCAUAUUGAGACCCGGUUUGUAAAAAUCAAUGCUGAAAAAUGUCCAUUUUUAGCUGAGAAGCUCAAGAUCGUUGUUCUUCCUACUCUUGCUCUUAUAAAGAAUGCCAAAGUGGAUGAUUAUGUGGUGGGUUUUGAUGAACUUGGUGGUACUGAUGACUUUAGCACUGAGGUUUUGGAAGAAAGACUGGCUAAAGCUCAAGUCAUAUUUUUGGACGGUGAAUCAUCGUUACAUCGUGCAAGGUCCAAUGCACAAAACAAAAGAAGUGUUCGGCAGAGCACAAGGGCAGACUCCUCUGAUUCAGAGUAACUUGUAUUUCCUGAUGAGCUUUAUUCAUGUUGUUCUCUUGGGAAUACGAGAGCUAACAUCAUCGUCUAAAUUGAGUUUCAUUGGCCUGUUGCGUGCCUUCCUAAAUUUAGUUUCAUUGGCCACUUGUGUGUCUUUUAAGAUUGAUUUUACUGUAAUUUAUAGAUCUAGUGCUUCUCUCGGAGGCCAGUACUGUUGUUUGGAUCAUCCUCUGAUGAUUGUACCAAUGAUACUAAUCAGUAUUAGUAAUACUACCAGUUUUGAGAUAGACACACA